UUUUAUUUUUUCUGUUAGUUCCUCCUUUUGUUUAUGCUCCUCCCACGCUCUAUGUUGUGGGGGACAGAAUAGUGGUUGCAGUUUUUGUCGUUGUACCUUUUGCCUCCAAGGGUUCCUUACUUAUAGUCUUGGAGAGCCUUGUUUUUUGGUUAUCAAAAAGUUUAAUGAAAAGUUCUUCAUGAACCUGGGAGAGCACCCACCUCUAUAAUUGUGGGCACCUAUCCAAUUUCCUUUCUGUGUUCUUUUUCUGUGUGAGAUUUGAGGUCGAAGGUAUCAAUUGGUAUCAGAGCAUUGUGAUCCAAUGGGAGGAGCUUCCAAAGAAGGAGUGGUUGUGAAGAAGGUAGAAGAGCAAGUGGGGUUAAUGCAAGUAUAUCUUCAAUCUCAUGGAACUGAUAUCCAAGAGAUGAAGCUGAGGAUGGACAGUCUUCUUCAAGGACAGGACAAAACGAAUCAAAGGCAAGACGAGCUUCAAUCAACCAUGGAUAAGGUUUUGGAGAAACUGGAUACCCUGUCCGGAGCACCUGCAGAAAGAAGCCAACCUCCAGUCAUCUUUUCAGGUACCAAUACUCCCUUUGGUCAAUCGAUGAACAAAAACAAGGGACCGACCAGCUCUGUAGUCAUCGGCUCCGGCCCAGGCCACUCCAUACCAGUGGGAGGAGGUCAGGGAGGCCCUGGCGGAAGCGGGAUUAUGUUUGGGUCCCUUUACCAACCAAACCACAACACCGGUGGAGAGAGAUACGAAUUCAGGCAUAGGAAGAUUGACAUGCCGACCUUUGAUGGGACGGAUCCAGAUGGAUGGAUUCUUCAGGCCGAACGCUACUUUGCCAUUUACCAACUCCUGGAUGAAGAGAAAAUUACAGCAGCUGUCCUCGCCCUCAGCGGUGAUGCGUUGGCCUGGUAUCGGUGGUCCAACCAACGAACUGAGAUGCGUACGUGGGAAGAAAUGAAGGAGGUGUUUCUGAAUCGGUUUCGCCCUAUUCAGGGAGGCGACUUGUACGAACAGUGGGCUGCCCUAACACAAACGGGGACGGCGGAGGAGUACGUCCGGCGAUUCAUUGAGUUAUCGGCUCCGCUGGAAGGCUUGACUGAGAGAGUGGCGUUAGGGAAUUUCAUCGAUGGGCUAUCAGAUCAAAUCAAAACGGAGCUACGGCUGUGGACUCCUAGAGAUUUGGGCCAUGCAAUUGAGUUAGCCCAACAAAUCGAAGCAAGGAAUCGUGCCUUAUUUGCUAGCGGGUUCGGAGCCUUAGGGAAUCGGGGCAGCCAAUCAGGUAAACGAGUCUUAGGGGGAAACUCGACCCACACAAUCACUUUUCCGCAACCAGAAAGAACGGGAGGUAACCCUCGUGUCCAGCGCACCUUGACCGAAGCUCAGAUCCAAGAUAAGAGAAAUCGUGGCGUUUGCUACCGCUGCGACGAAAGGUGGUUCAAAGGGCAUGUCUGCAAAUCACAAGUUAAUGUGAUCGUCGUGGAUGAGGAAGAAGCGAACCCAGAGGGUACCCCCGACGAAAUCGAUCCUGCUACCCUUGUAUCAACGGAGGUCAACCCCGAGAUUGAGGUGUCGCUAAACUCUGUGGCAGGGCUGUCAUCACCCAAGACGAUGAAGGUAAGGGGCGUCAUUGGAAAUCAACCCGUGGUAACCCUAAUUGAUCCAGGGGCCACCCAUAAUUUCAUAGCAGCUCAUCUGGUCUCCACACUGGACCUUCCCAUUGAGGAAACAGAGCCGUAUGGGAUACGAAUGGGGACUGGGGAUUGCGAGAAAGGCACCGGAGUCUGCAAAGGAGUCUUGCUCCACCUCAAGGAACUCGACAUUAAAGAGGAUUUCCUCCCCCUGAGACUGGGCAGCUCCGAUGUUAUUUUAGGGAUGCAGUGGCUGGAAACGUUGGGGAUGACUAAGACGAACUGGAAGGAACAGACUAUGGAAUUCGACAUAGGAGGAAGGAAGGCUAGGAUUGAAGGGGACAAAUCCUUGGGAAAAUCUCUAAUUUCGCUAAAAGCCAUGACGAAAACCUUGGGGAAGGAGGGGAAUGGGGUGUUGGUUGAGCUGAGUAACGUGGAAGAAGAACCCAAGGUUACCAACCCCAUCCCUAGUUUUUUACAACAGGUUGUUCAAGAAUUCGAAUGUCUUUUUCGAGAUCCCAUCGGGUUGCCACCACCAAGAAUCAGGGAACACCAAAUCAUCAUCAAGGAGGGAACAACUCCGAUAAGUGUUAGACCCUAUAGAUACCCACACUAUCAGAAAGAUGAAAUAGAGAAGAUGAUAAAGGAAAUGUUGCAAGCUGGUGUGAUACAGCCAAGCAACAGUCCUUAUUCUAGCCCAGUAAUCCUAGUAAAGAAAAAAGAUGGUUCUUGGAGGUUUUGCGUAGACUACCGGGCUUUGAACCGGGCUACCGUCCCCGAUAAAUUUCUUAUCCUUGUGAUUGACGAGCUGCUUGAUGAGUUGCAGGGUUCGACUAUUUUUAGCAAGUUGGACCUGAAGUCUGGGUAUCAUCAAAUACGCUUGCGAGCUGAAGACGUCUCCAAAACCGCUUUUCGUACACAUGACGGGCAUUACGAGUUCAAGGUAAUGCCCUUUGGCCUCACCAACGCCCCGGCCACUUUUUAGGCUCUAAUGAAUGAUGUGUUUUGGCCUUAUCUUCGAAAGUUCAUUCUAGUCUUCUUAGAUGACAUCCUGAUAUAUAGCCCGACUGAGGAGCUCCACCGAGAACAUGUAGUAAUGGCUUUUCAGAAAUUGAAGGAACAUCAGUUGGUUGUUAAUUUCAAGAAAUGCGAGUUUGGGAGGCAGAAACUAACGUAUUUGGGGCAUGAGGUAUCGGCUGAAGGAGUCUCAGCGGAGGCCAAUAAGAUACAAGCCAUGCAAGAUUGGCCCACUCCUACGAACAUCAAAGGAUUGCGAGGAUUUUUGGGACUCACGGGUUAUUACAGGAAGUUCGUGAGGGGAUACGCCACCAUCGCCAAGCCACUCACGGAUCAAUUGAAGAAGGAUAAGUUUGGAUGGAAUGAAGAAGCCCAUAAGGCCUUCCCACAACUCAAACAUGCCAUGACCACUGUUCCUGUCUUGGCGAUGCCAGAUUUCAACAAAGUCUUCAUAGUGGAAACGGAUGCUUCGGGUUAUGCUUUAGGGGCCGUAUUGAUGCAAGACCACCGCCCCAUUGCUUACUACAACUCUACCUUAGGGGUACAGGCAUGUUUGAAAUCAAUUUAUGAAAAGGAGCUCAUGGCGAUAGUCAUGGCAGUCCUCAAAUGGCGACCUUACCUGAUGGGUCGAAAAUUUGUGGUCCGCACUGACCAACUAAGCCUCAAAUACAUAUUGGAACAAAGAAUGGUGGGGAGUGAUUA